UUUUUUCAUAUCAAUCCAACUGAUUUGGCGUCGACGCAGUUCACGCCACCUUGAGGAGCUCACAGUGCCAUCAGAAAUUGAAUGAUGAGAAGCUUUCCGUUGGUGGUUGUGUUAAUUGGAUGUGUCUCGUGUGGCGAGCUAAGCGAUGACGGGUCAGGAUUGAAUUUAUGCAGACAGAACCUUACGGACAUCAGUCCGAGUACAGAAUUGAUCAGAAAAGCGCCUUCCACUGUUGAACACAUUACGUUAUGUGAAAAUAAUAUAACGACGGUCAAUCCUUCAUCGUUCCAAAAAUUAGAUGGCUUGGAAAAAUUGAUUCUGGACAACAACGAAUAUUUAAAUUUCCCUUCCAAUGGAAGUCAAUUCAUUUAUCAGGGCUCUCUUACGGAUUUUUUGUGCUUUCGAUGUGGCGUGGACAAAAUAUACAACAAAUCGCUUGCUGGAAUGCCGCGUCUGGAGCAAAUUAAUUUGACUGAAAACAAAAUUACACACAUUGAAGGUGGAGCUUUUCAGGGCAAUGGAAACCUCAAAGUUAUAGAAUUGCGGAGGAAUUUGUUACAACGUGUACCAAGAGAGAUGGUGGAAACACUUGAACAUAUUUUGAAAGUGGAUUUAAGUUUCAACAAUGAACUCGCUCCUGAAGGUGAUCAGCCGUUCUUGAUCAGCGAUGCUCUUGAAGAGUUAUGGUGUAUCCAAUGUGGUUUUGAAACUGUGGAUAAGCGUACAUUUUCCGUAUUGGUCAAUCUUAAGGUUUUAUAUCUAGAAAAUAACAAAAUCACACAGGUCCACGCUCGGGCAUUUGACCAAAUAACUCUAAGACGAUCGGAUUCGGGAACAAAUUUGCUGGUUUCGCUUGAAAACAACAACCUCAAAAGAAUCGUCUCAGAAGUGAAAGCUGGUCUGCAGUUGUGUCUGCAUAACAAUACUAUUGAAUUGGAAUGUUUUCUCAGAGAUAUCCCAGAUAAAGAUAGCUUCGUAUGCCGCAAUUCAACUCAUCCCGAAGUUGAAUGUAUUCCACCAACCACUACGACACUGGCCACAACCUUGACUACCGAGUCAUCGAGGACACCAACAAUCUCCGCCACUAUCUUUAGCACUAUCCCAAUUAACACCGAUCCAAGGCAAGCUGCAAAUAACCCUGCCACCAGUCCAGCUUCUACAACACCAACUCCGGUAAAGCCUCCUGAAGAAGUCUACGGCAUCUCGGAUGCCUAUAUCAGUGGAUAUCUAACAUUGCUCUAUGUAGCACAAAUCAUCGGGCUUGCCAUGCUUUCCGUAGUUUGGUUUAGGCUGAAAAAAUCCGAUUCAGAAGUGGAUCGAUACGCGGAGACCAUUGUGAAUCCGAACCCGAACUAUCGGGCCAUCCAGUGACAACAUUUUAGGCUUACAAUUAUUAGUCAUCGCCAUCAGGCAGCAUUUUAUUCGAUUGAUAUCAGUAGCUUUAAGGACGGAUCGGAUUGACUAGCAUGCGAAUGAAUAAUCUCCCUUGUUGAUAAGAAUUUGUAGGGAAACCGUUAUCAGUUAUGAAAACAAAUAAACCAACGAAUUGCGAACGAGU